GACGAAUUCCGGGGUCCGCUUGGUGGUCCGCUUGGUGGUCCGGGCUCCCUGAUCCGAACCCCCCCGGGGGGUGUGCAGGUGGGGCACUACCCGUAGAUACGUACCUUUUUGUAUGAUUUUCGCGGGGUCCUUCACCACCAAAGCCCAAAGCUCCCCGCCAUCACCUUUUUCAGCUCCUAUCCCACCUCCAUCGAUCUUUCUCUUCGGCAAGUCUAGCCCGCAGAAAUGCCCCCAAAGGCCAAAGUAAGCUCCAAAGCAAAAGAAGCUGCCAGUAAGACCAAAGAGCCCGAAGCACCACCUCCCAAGACGGCCAACGAGCGGACAGCCCAACGCUACUACCAGACCAACCCCUGCGAGAAACGCCGCGAGGAAGUCGGCCUGCACGGCCUCACCCCGACCGAGCGCCAGACCUGGGCCAACGCCUUCUUCCUCCCGCUCAUCGUCUCCAAGGAGGUCCUCCUCUCCCACAAGUCCGACCGCGAGUUCUGGAAGCAGGUCGGCAAGGAGUCCCUCCCCGUGCGCCGCCUCUCGCGCGCCCGGAAACAACACCACGCCUGGGGCCGCGACCGCCACGGGCGCGACGUCGGCGAGCUCUCCCCCGAGGACUUUGACCGGCGGUCCCUCCAGCAGGCCCGCUUAGCUGCGCUCGAGGCCCUGCAUAGCCGGUUCGUGCAGCGCCGCGAGCUCGCCGGCCUGCGGUUGACACGCCCCGGCUCUUCCGAUUCUGCUGCCCACGAGGACGUCACGCCGGAGGAAGUCGAAGAAGAUAGGCAGAGGAGGAAGGAGAUGGCGGCGUUAAAGAGCGAACUUUAUGGGGAGAAGAUGGGGACUUAUGCCCAGGACCCGGAGUGGGAUGAUGUGACGCCGAUUCCGGCUGAUGAGCCUGAGGGGGCGCUGGCGGCUAUUGCCUACCCGGAUGAUUAUGCUGAAGCCAUCAGCUACCUCCGCGCCGUCAUGGCCGCCGAGGAAUACUCGCCCCGCACCCUCCGCCUCACCGAGCACGUCAUCUCCCUGAACGCGGCCCACUACACCGUCUGGCUCUACCGGUUCAAGAUCGUCCAGGCGCUCGACCUGUCCAUCCCGGACGAGAUUGAGUGGCUGAACCAAGUCUCGCUCGAGAACCUCAAGAACUACCAGAUCUGGCACCACCGCCAGCUGCUCCUGGACCACUACCACGCCCAGAUUUCCGCCAACGCCGACGCCGACGCCCUGAAGAAGCUCGCCCGGUCCGAGUCGGAGUUCCUGCGCCUCAUCCUCGACGAGGACACCAAGAACUACCACGUCUGGAGCUACCGCCAGUCCCUGGUGCGCAAGCUGGGCCUGUGGACCCCGCAGGAGCUCGCCGCCACGCAGUCCUUCAUCGAGGACGACGUGCGCAACAACUCGGCCUGGCACCACCGCUUCUUCCUCGUCUUCUGCGACCCGGCCGCCUCCACCCCGGGCUGCCACGCGACCGAGCACGACCCUGCCGUUCCCGCCGAGACGGUCGACCGCGAGGUCCGCUACGCGCAGGAGAAGGCGGCGCUGGCGCCCCAGAACCAGGCGGCGUGGAAUUACCUCCGCGGCGUGCUCGCCAAGGGGGCUAGGCCGCUCGCUUCCGCCGAGGAGUUUGCGGCGCGGUUUGUCGAGGGUGUCGGGGAGGGGGAGGGGCGGGAGAAGGUGCGGAGCAGCCAUGCGCUGGUUUUCCUGGCGGAUGUGUGGGUUGAGAAGGGGGAGAAGGAGAAGGCGGCGCUGUAUCUCUCCCGCUUGGCUGAGAAGUGGGAUCCGAUACGGGCUGGGUAUUGGAAUUAUAGGAAGCAGCAGAUAGCUGCGUGAUUUUGUUUUCUUUCUUUUCUUUCUUUUUUUUCUUUUUUUCGAUGGUGAGAACUUCAACUCGGAGGGCUAGUAGACAUAGGGCAGUUCAUCACAGACAGGAGGGUCCUUGAAAGGCUAUAUACAAUACACGGGGAGGCAAGGGAAUAUGAUAUAUUGCACUGGAUUCCCCAUUUCCUGGGGUUUCCUCGUUUUCAUUCUAUUCUUUUUCCUCCUUCUGUUCUCUCCAAGUCACAGAGGUUUUAUCCUGCAGUCUCGGUGUGGACCGCCCAAAUAAUAAUGCAGAGUGAAACCCAACGCCUCGCCGGUUUAUCCAUAGCGCCAAAUGAAUUGAAAAAAAAAAAAGUAC